AUGUCGAAGCGAGGUCUUCCUGUGGCGGCUACAGUCAACUGUGCCGACAAUACCGGCGCGAAGAAUCUCUACAUCAUAUCAGUGAAGGGGAUCAAGGGUCGUUUUAAUCGAUUGUCGUCUGUUUGUGUGGGAGAUAUGGUUAUGGUGACGGUGAAGAAAGGGAAACCUGAUUUGAGAAAGAAGGUCAUGCCUGCUGUCAUUGUUAGACAACAUAAUGCUGGUGUGAUAGUGAAUCCUAAGGGAGAAAUGAAAGGUUCUGCCAUUACUGGUCCAAUUGGAAGGAAUGUGCUGAUUUAUGACCCAGAAUUGCAAGUGUUGCCAAUGCUAUUGUCUGAUAAAACCGGGGGACUCUUUUGCUUUUAA